AUGGCGCUAGAGAUGUGUGCCGAGCUCAAGUCGAUGGGCUCCUCGCUAGUGUCUAUCAAGGAAAUGGAGGGCACCGAAGCGCUGGCGAACCUUUGUGCACGUCAGGACAAGGUGAUUCAGUGGUUGAUGAUUGAAAUGAAGAAUACGGCAAAGGAAGCCGACGCGAGCAUUGAUGUCCUUCUUGAAGCGCGCAAGGCCCAGGUGGCCAGGUUAGAAUACUACCUCACACUCACGGGGUCCACCGUUCUCGAUAUCGCGGCGAGUGUCAUCAUGAUCAUAUCGGACAUCAACGAGGCGGCGGAGACCCUCGGCGUCGGAGUCUCCAUCGAUCCCGUCACAAAGAACAUGGAGAUGUGCGAGCGCGUUAUCCAGCUCCAGCAGCAGCAGGCCGACUAUACGCGGGACACGGAGGCAUGA